GUGAAAAACAGUCCUUUAUCCAAACUGUUGUCUGUUCCACUUUUUGUUCACUUUUUCUUGCUGAGCCUGAGAGAGCACAUGCCUAAAUCCAGGAAAUAAAGGAAACAUGGCUUGUACAUCUCAGUCCACUGUGGAGUACGUCAGGAGGGCCAAGCCCAAACUGGUGAGAACAUUAAAGGGGCUCACUGUGAUUGUGGAGCAUCUCUACCAGAAAGAAGUUUUCUCAGAGGAAGAAGUCAGUAAAAUAAAGACAGCAGGUGACGACUUUGACAAAACCAGAGAAAUUGUGAACCGUGUCAUAAAAAAGGGGGAAGCAGCCUGCUAUGAGUUUCUCAGGAUUAUUGACAUAAGAAAGAGAUCUACAGAAAGGCCGCCAUCUUUUCUGGAAAUUACAGCGUCAGAUUCCUCUUCACGAGACAAAUUUGACCUGAACUACUGGAUCAGCUGCUUUUCCUUCAAGGACGACACCAACAUGGAUGUAACAUAUUUACAAGGCCCUAAACCGUGUCACAGAUACCAGCAAAAGUUGAAAUUUAAAGCUCAGAAGGUUUCAGAAAGAUCAUGGAUCCAAAGUAAAGCAGUCCUGUUCAACAAGGAGACAUCUUUGUCCUACACUUCACUUGUGUUAGACACACAAGGACAGGCUUCAGCAUCCAAAAUAAAAAAAGUCAAAGAUCAAGAAAAGCAGGAAGCUUCGCACAAAAAAACUCAAGGCCUACUUGCUUAG